GAAUACCCAUCAAGCAACACGUCAUAUUUUAAACUGUGAUCAUAUAAAACGAGUUGAAUACUUACCCACCCGUGGGUAGCCCAAGUGGUAAGGGCGAACUUGUGUGUGUGCAUGGGCUCCAUGUCACAGGUUCGAUUCCUCCUGGGAUCAAACUGCGGUUUAAGUGGGAGGCCAUGGCGGUGGGUUGCUGUGAUGUUAAACUUGUCUUUCAUUUUUCUUAUGGUGUACACACUUGAACCCUUGUGUGUAAGGUUGUGCACCAGCCCCACAGCUUGUGGCCACAGGUAGAACUGCUUAACACAUCACAAUGAAUAUGCACAUUCACCCGUAGCUUGCAUUGGUACCAUGUAUCUCUCACGGCCAUUCUUUAAAGCUUCUGUCAUGACUUUUCUUUAUUUUCAUUUGAUCAUGAUGCAUGCAAAACAUAUAAUAAUUUGGCAUCAACAUGAAAUCAUUUCAUUCAUCAUAUCAUAGCAUUUGCAGUUUAUUAUAUCAUGGCAUUCAAAAAUCUCUUUCAUCAUGACUUGGUACAUAAAAGGGGCUUCUGACAAAGGCCUUUACGUAGCAUAAUAAUUUAAACAGCAUUAUUUACUAUACAUGAUCGUGCUACUUACCUUUUCGCUUAGUGAAGACAAGCGCAUCAAUAAUCACCUACUUAAAGUUGCUGUCACAGGGAUAAAUCUGAUGGGGUUGAGGCUGUUUUUCAUUCUCCUAAAACUGCAGCAACUUUCGUUGGGUUUUCUUUAAAAAGAUUAAGGAAGACCUCAAGAAAACAAGGCUGUAGCAGGCUGCAAGAGGGGGCUUUUUUCCUCUGGUUAUGGCAGUGUAGUAUGUGUAGAAAAAGUUUGGCUUUUCUCUUACUAGGGCUGGCCGCAACAAGGCAGAGACUUUCCUUGGUGUUUGCAGCAGUUAUCUAGGGUUAGGGAUUGGUUUUUUUGAUGAACAUCAUGAGAGAUUCCUAUAGGAGCUUUCUGAACUCAUAGUAGCCUUUGUUUUUCUAGUUUUCAAGUCAUAUGAUCUUUUUUUUUGCCUGAAAAACCUAGCAAUAGGGCUGUACGAAUUUAACUCUUAGAUUUUUUAGAGAAGGGUUCUUGGCUGGGAGUGAUAGGGCGAGUAUGUUUCCAUUCCGUGAGUUGAAAUUUGUGAAUAAUAGUGAGAUCAUCUCUCGAUCCAAACCGGCUGAGUCAUACAUGAGGCUGAUUUCUACUUCUUUAGAUCUGGAACAGCUCAAAGCUUAUCCCAAAAGAGUCCUAGCAGCUUCAAGAAAUACUAGCACCGCCCCAUUUUUUCCUACACUAUAUUUUCCUCUAAUUUAUAGCACAAAGUCUAACACAAAGUUUAAAAUGAACAAACAAAAUUUACUUCCUAAAAUGGAAAGCCUGAUUUAAAAGGAAACCCCUAGUUUUUUAAAAUAGACCCUAAAGUUUUGGGUGUGACAAUGCUCAUUGUGGGCUCCCAUGUUUGUGGUGCUUAAAUCAACAAUCAGUAUAUGAGCAAUACCGGACUUCACAACUGACACCUUCUGCAAUAGAUUAAAUCAUGGAUUUGUUUUUGAGGUCAUCAGUAUCAAUUUAGCUACAGAUUGUGAUGAAGGACAGAUCAAGUUAGGGUAACCAGAGACUGAAGACAGUCUUAGGAGGAGGAAUGAAAUAUUAACUUCUUAACCUUCUUGAUUGCAGAAGUAGUGGCUUGGUGCUGCUAUGGUUUAAUAAUAUGGGAUGUCGCCCCUAGGGGUUGGCUCAAGUGGUAAGGGUCUUGGUCUUGGUGGUAUGCUCCCUCAAAGUCUAAGGUUCAAAUCCUCUUGAGUGCAAAAAAGUUCCAAGGGUCAUCAGAUUGGGGAAUUUCGCCUUGAAUUAUUUGAUAUGCUCUUGUGGGAAACUCUUUGCUGAGGGCCUGUGCACUUUGGGGAUUAGUCGGGACAUUGUGCUUGGACUUCCGGUGCCAAUAAAAAAAUAAUGCGAGUUGUAGCGGCAGAGGACCAGUUUUCAAUUGUUUCAAAGAUGGCCCUUGGCAGGUUAAUUGGCCAACAGGGCAUUUUUUCUAUUGUUGGUGAUAUCUCUGAGCUGAAUCUACCAAAAUCGUGUGCCAUAUCAUUUCCCAAUGGCAAGGAUGACCUGAUGAAUUUUGAGGUUUCUAUUCGACCUGAUGAAGGAUAUUAUUUGGGUGGCACAUUUUUGUUCUCCUUCCAAGUUUCUCCCAUCUAUCCACACGAGGCACCAAAGGUCAAGUGCAAAACGAAGGUCUAUCACCCGAAUAUUGACUUGGAAGGAAGUGUCUGCCUCAACAUCCUACGGGAAGAUUGGAAACCUGUCCUUAAUAUAAACACCAUCAUCUAUGGGCUAUAUCAUCUUUUCACGGAACCAAAUUCCGAGGAUCCUCUUAAUCAUGAUGCAGCUGCGGUGUUGAGAGACCAUCCAAAGAUGUUUGAAGCUAAUGUGAGAAGGGCUAUGGCUGGUGGAUAUGUGGGGCAAACCUUUUUUCAACGGUGUCUGUAGGUUUGGGAGCACUGAAUGCUGACUCAGUCAUUUCAUCAUUGAUUUAAGUGCCCAUGGAUUGGAUUGUAAAAUUUAUUUGCAAAUUAUAGGCUAAUUGCCUGCCACAAGUAAGGGCAUCAAUUUCUGAGAGACCAAUCAACUAAAACCCAAAUGAAGACGGUGUGUUACUCUUUUAUGUGAAGCAGUUUGAGUGUUAAUAUGCCCUGCAUAAUGGGGGAAAAUUGCUUGCUCAAAGUUCAUUAUU